AUUGUGAGCUCAUCAGGCCAGCCCUGGUUGUAUCCAGUAAAAUGCCAUAGACUUGGUUACUUCUCCCUCCUCCUCUCACUUUACAAAAACUCAACUGUUUAUGAACGUUCUUCUUUACAAAUAUAAUGUUGCAAUGUGUUAAAGGAGAAGUAAAGUGGUUUAGCACUUGUUGAGCCAAAUGUUCGGUACCCCCAAGUGAGAGCCAGAGAUCAGAAAGGGACAAACAGACUUUUACAUGAAACUUUGAACCCAAUGAAGAUUUUUAGUGACUGUAAAUUGGGAUCUUCCUCAGAAUGACAUUUUCUCUAAUGAUGCAAAAACUAUUUUAGGUGGAGUUUCCCUUUAAUUCAUCACUUUAUUUAGAAAUGAGGGUCACAUGUGAUUCUUUACAUUAUUUUAUUAGAAACCUAAUUUGCUUGUGCCUCUCGUUUGCAGGUCACUGACCGAGAGUUUGAGAGACUCCGGUACCUGCAAGUGUUAGUGAACAAUUCGUGGCCGUACAUAACAAAAUAUCUGGAGAAAUUUCUAAGAUGGAGAAUUCAGCCGCUGAUCAGAUCCCGAUUUAAAUAUUUAACCAAUUUUCACUUCUUUGAUAUUGAUUUUGGCAAUAAGGUAAGUGUCCCGUGUAUUUAAUUGUCUCUCAUGUUGCUCAGUGAUUUCCCAUCAGACCCAUUGUAACCCAUUGUGUGACUGUUCCACAGGCUCCACAGGUGACUCACAUGAGAGUUCAGUCUGAUCCAGAGAAGAAGCAGAUUCUCCUGGAUCUCAAAAUCAGUCUCAACGCAGCGGUGAUGGUUAAUGUUGGAAUAUCUAAGACUAUCAUGGCCGGAGUGAAGUCUGUGAAGCUGGAGGGAACAUUACGAAUAAUUCUGGCUCCGCUGAUACCAGACGUGCCCUUUACUGAAGCCGUGAACAUUUACUUCCCUCGGCGGCCGGUGUUACAUCUACAGUGGACAGGACUCACCAACCUGCUUAAUAUUCCCCGGUCUUCAGUAAGUGACUAG